ACACACACUCUCUCUCACACAACUUAUAAUUGUCAAAACAAAAAACAUUCUUCUGUGAUUAGAAGUUGUCAUAAAUUUUUGGGGGGCUCAAAUAAAAACAAUAAUUUAAUAAUAACCUUAUUAAAAAAAAAAACAUCAUUCAUUUUUAUCACCACCAAUUAAAUGAUAAUAAUAAUUACAAAUUUAUAAUGAAUCAGUAAUCACUAAAUAAUUGAUGUGAUAUUAAAAAAAAAUAAUAAAAUAAUCUUCAAUGGCAUUGCCAUCUGUGUGGCGUCUGAAAUUAUACCUCCAUCAACCUAUAUAUAAUUUUAUCGAAUUUUCAAGAUAGUGUGUUGCUGCUGCAUCAAAACCUGAAAUGCGUUUUUUAUUAGUGACCAAUUGCGAAUGUGAAAAAUCAAUCUAUUUGACAUAAAAUAAUAAUAACAACAAUAAUAAAAAAAUAUUAUUAAUUAAUGAUAAAUAAUAUUGACAAAAUGAUUAAUAUAUUUAUUUUUAAAAAUAAAUUAUUUAAAAUAUGAAAUAAUAAAAAAUCAAUGAAUCUCUUGAGACGCUUGUGAUAUUAUUUUAUUUUAAUUUUUUUUUUGAUAAAUACAAUAAUUUAAUUAAAGAUGGAGGAAAAUGGAAACGACAAGUUUAUUUUACGAAAACGUUUAGUUACAUUAAAACCACUUAAAGUUAAAGAUGAACGUGUUGCAACAUUAAAAAAGGUUGCUGCUAUUCUUAAUAAAUCUGUGGUUGAUAGAACAACUGAAGAAAAUGAACUAUUGUCUUCCUGUGGUGAUGUUGUAAAAGAGGUUAACUUGAGACAAGAAAAAAGAGAUAAAGUUAAAGCAAGAUUAGAAGAAAUUGAAGAUCCACCUGAUAUAUUUGAAGAAAAAUGUAUGAAAUUAGCUGCAGCAAUAAGUGGUGCAUCAUCAUUGGCUGUAUAUACUGGUGCUGGUAUAAGUACUGCAGCAUCAAUACCAGAUUAUCGUGGUACAAAUGGUGUAUGGACUAGAAUGCAACAAGGAAAAGAUAUUGGAAAUCAUGAUCUUAGUUUGGCUGAACCAACAGUUACUCAUAUGGCAUUGUAUGCAUUAUAUAAAGCAAAUUUAUUAAAACAUAUUGUAUCACAAAAUUGUGAUGGUUUACAUUUACGUAGUGGUAUACCAAAAACAUUAUUAUCUGAGGUACAUGGUAAUAUGUAUGUUGAAGUAUGUCGUACAUGUAAACCAUCACGUGAAUAUUGGCGUUUAUUUGAUGUUACUGAAAAAACAGCAAGAUAUUCACAUGGUACUGGACGUUAUUGUCAUAAAUGUAAUUCAUUAUUACAAGAUUCAAUUGUACAUUUUGGUGAACGUGGUAAUUUACCAUGGCCAAUUAAUUGGAAUGGUGGUUCAAGAGCAGCUAAAUAUGCUGAUGUUAUAUUAUGUCUUGGUUCAAGUUUAAAAGUAUUAAAAAAAUAUCCAUGGUUAUGGCAAAUGGAUAGACCAAGUAAAAAACGUUGUUCAUUAUUUAUUGUUAAUUUACAAUGGACACCUAAAGAUGAAAAUGCAACAUUAAAAAUUAAUGGACGUUGUGAUGAUGUUAUGAAACGUGUAUUAUCACAUUUAGGAAUUAAUAUACCACAAUAUCAACGUACAAAAGAUCCAAUUUUUUAUCAUGCUAUUAAAUUAGAAAAUAAUGAAUUAACAACAACAACACAACCAUUAUUAGAAGAACCAAUUAUUAAUUCAACUAAUAAUAAUGAUGAUACUAAUAAUCAUGUUGAUGAUAAUAAUGUAGAUGAUGAUGAUGAUAUUUCUAUUAUUGAAAAUGAUCAAAAUCAAGUUAUAAUACCUAAAAAUAAUGAAAAUUGUGUAACACAAAUUGAAAUGAAUGAUGCAUUAACAGCAUAUACAGCUCCAUUUUUUACAGCUCUACCAUUUUUAUCAAUGGGUUUACCAUUUCCACCAAUGUUUUUAUAUCCACAAUUAACAUCAUUACUUUAUUAUCCACUAAUUCAACAAGCAGCAUUAUUAAAAGAACAAAAUAAUAUUAAUAAAAAUGAUAAUAAACAAAUACCAUCAUGUAAAUUUUGCAUGGAAAAUGAAGAUUCAUUGACGUGUUUGUAUUAUCAACGUGAUGGUGAUGAUCCAGUUAUAACUGAUAUUGAAACAAUAACAACAAUUGAAACAGAUCAUGAAAAUAUUGUUGAGGAUAUUACUGAUAAUGAUGACACAAUAACACCAAUAACAACUGCUAAAAAUCCUGGCUGGUUUGGUAAAGGUUAUCGUAAAGGAUUUCGUAAAAAGCGGUAGCAAUAUUUUAAAAAAUAUUAACACAUUAUAUUGUGUUGAUAAAAAGCUAAUUAUAAUUAUAAUAUUAUUGAUUGAUAAUAUAAACAAGUCAGUCAAGUAAUUAUUUCAAGAUAAACAUAAAAAAAAAAAACAAGAGAAAAUAGAAAAAAUUUAAAAACUUCAUGCUUUUAUUUUUUAUUUAAAUUCAAAAAAAUACUUGUUAAUUUUUGUUUUAAUUUAAGGAAAAAUUUAGUCUUCUAUUUAUUAUGUUCAAUAGUAUUUAAGUAUUAUAAUUGCUUUAUUUAUUUAUAAACAAAAAUACAAGAAAAAAAAAAAUAUAUAUUGAUUUGAGAUGAAAACUUUUUAAUUUACUAAAAUAAUUUUUCAUAAAUUUUUUCAGUAAUACAUAAAUCUUUUGAACUCUUGGCAAAAAUAAAAAAAAUAAAAAAAAAAAAAUAUAAUAUUCUGAUUUAAAUUCUUGUGCAUGUCAUCUAUCAUUUUCCCUUGUAAUAAAAAAAAGCAAAAUUGUCAAUAAAGUAUCUUCAUCGUUUUUUUUUAAAAGUAAAGUUUAACUAAGUACUUUUGAAGUCUUUGGAUAACUGUAACCCUUAUCUUUUAAAAAAAAAAAUAUUUCAAAAAUCCAUUCAAAGUGUAAUACAAAACGUUGUCUUUAUUCCAAUCUUGCCUAUAAAAAAAUAAUAAUAAAAAAUAGUAUAGCGUAGAUAAUAAAAAUGAGUGUUGAGUUUAGAGGGUGUGUGUUGUCGUAGUCAUUGCGCGCCAGAAACGUAAAGUACCAGCAGCGCUCUGUACUAUUUUGUAAAUCGAUAUUUUGCAAGCCAGUUAAACCUGGCAAAGAAGGGUGCUAGGUGGGUGGAUAGAUUUUACUGAAAGCACACACAAGCACGCGCCAAAGAAAUACACCUGGGAAAAAAAAAAAACAAAAACAAAAUAAAUAAUUUUUUAUAAUUUCAUACAUAUAUUUAAAAUUAACAGUGAAGUGUUUGUGUGGAUAGAAAAAUAAUCAAUUAACAAAAUAAAAAAGAUAAUUAAAAAUUUUAUAAUAAAAUCAAAAAAAAAAAAAAACAUAUCUUAGAAAUAUUUAUAAUAAAAAAAAAGCAUAGACAGGCGCAUCACGUACAUAGGUCGCGAGUGAAGUUCCAAUGAAUUCCGCAAAGCAAUAAUUUAUCAUCCCCCAUUAUCAUAAAGAAAUUUUUAAAGUUCAAGUUUUAUAUUAUCAAUAACUCAAGUGAAUAACAAAAAAAAA